UUUUAAUUGGCUGCCUCCUUUCUCUCCCAUAGCUGCUGCUGCUCCUCUGGUCCAGAGCUGCGAAGGGGAGAGAAACUCCAGGGGUGGAAGGAAACUUUUGAAAAAGAAGUGCGCGUUCCUUUCUCCUUUUUUUAAAGUAACGCGCCGUGCGGGUUUUCUGCCAAAGCGCUUUUGCUCCCACCGGCGUGCCAAGGGGCUCAGAUCUACUCAUGACUGCAAAGACCUGUUGAUACUGUGAGUUUCCAGUGGCAAGGAUGAAGAUCCAUCGUCCGUUCAAGACACUGAGCUGGUUCUCCUUUGUGUUCAUGGCGGCCAUGGUUCAAUUAAUAAACCACGUGCAGGCACAAGUGGCCCCACCAUCAAGAUUAAGAUAUACUGUUGUUAAUCACGACAGUAUUCAGAUUUCAUGGAAGGCUCCUAAAGGACAGUUUGAUGGAUAUAAACUCCUUGUCACGCCAAAUUCAGGUGGGAAAACCGAUGAACUCACCCUUCAAGUUCAAUGCAGACAAAGGCUUCAUUAUCCAGGGCGCUGGCACAAACCAGAGGCUGCUCACAGUUCAGAUAGUGGCCUUUGCAAAGGACCAAGACAGCAAAGCGGCUCAGGGCCAGUUCCGAAUUAAAGAUAUCGAGAAGAGGAAAGAGACCACAGGUAAAUCCAAGGUGAAAGAUGUAGGUACGUGGAGACCCGCCAGCCCAACAACGGAUACCGGAAACACUCUAUCGCCAGAAGCAGGUCAGAGUUUA